ACCGUUCCUCCUCCUCCUCCUUCCCUCUGCCGCCUGGAUACCGGCCCUUCUCCUUUCGAUUCUUCUCCUCCUCCUCUUCCCAGUUGUCGAAGGCUGCCGCCGACAAGUAAUCCCUCCAUCACCUAUGCCUACCCUCUGCUGUUUAUCUUUGAAGCUGCGUUGAAUGUCUCUCGAAACAUGGAGGAAAAAGGCAGCUACAACCAGUAUUUCCUGCCUCAUACUUGCCACAUUCAAAUUGGUUUUAGUUGAUCUGUUUGCAUUGGUGACAUCAGUUUUUCACGACUUUUUAUCUUUAGGUGUGGAUAUUUAUGCUUCCUCGCUAUCUCUGGUGCACGCUGUUUCGUUAACCAUGGUUUGGACAACGAUGAUGAACCCUACAGACCUGUAAUGAUUAUUGCAGAUAUGAUUGCAUAAUCAAAGAACAUCUAAGGGACUGAGUUGUCAACCUCGCAAGCUGUUUUAAGACGCUGGAGUGAUGUCAGGUUCCAAAAUAAUGACUUUUCUUGUAUUCCAAAACAACGGACAGCGAUGAUGAGCCUACAGUCCUGUAAUGAUCAUUGCUGAUAUGAUUGCAUAACAUCUAAGGGACUGAGUUGUCAACCUCACAGGCUGUUUUAAGAUGCAGGAGGAUUUUAUAUCUAAUCUAGGGCUUUUUUUCUUGAAAUGUUUGCAUAAUACAAUGAUGUCAGCUUCCAAAAUACUGACAUAUGUAUUUGAAAAUAAUGGACAAUGAUGUAAUGAUUACAGAUAUGAUUGCAUAGUCAAAGAACAUCAAGGGACUGAGUUGUCAACGUACAGGCUGUUAAAAUGCAAUGAGUUUUCUUUAUAUCUCAUCUAUUGUUUUUUUGCUUCAUAUGGUUGUGUAAUGAAAUUGAUCUAUGAUAAUGCCAGGUUCCAAAAGAAUGGCUUUUCCUGUAUUUCAAAUUAAUAGACAACAAUGAUGAACCCUACAGACCUGUAAUGAUUAUUGAAGAUAUGAUUGCAUAAUCAAAGAACAUCUAAUGGACUACGUUGUCAACCUUGCAAGUUGUUUUAAGAUGCGGGAGGUCUUUAUGUUUCAUCUAGUGGUUUUUUUAAAUGUUUGUGUAAAUUAAAUUUAUCUAAAUGAUGUUAGAUUUUAAAAUAAAUAAUGGACAACGAUGAUGAGCCUACUAGACCUGUAAUGAUUAUUGCAGAUAUGAUUGCAUAAUCAAAGAACAUCUAAGGGACUGAGUUGUUAACCUUGCAAACUGUUUUAAGAUGCAUGAGGUUUUUCUCUUGAAAUGUUUGCACAAAUAAAUUUAUCUACACUGAUGUCAGGUUCUAAAACAAUGGUUUUUCCUGUAUUCUUUUAACAUUUUGCAUCGUUACUUGGUCACUGAGGAUUAUCCCUUUUUCAAAAGUAAUCUUUUUCUUGUUAUCAUGUCCAUCAGUUAUCUGUUGCAUGUCUCACAUAUGCUAUCCAAGGAUCCCAGCUUGCCCUUCCCAUACAGUCUUGGCUGCUUGUUCAGGUGGUGGCUAAUGGGAUUGCAGAAACAAUACAUCGUUUUGACAAGCAGGAACAAGAAUUCUCUUCAUGAGGGCAGUGGUUGAUUUGUUCACCUAUAGCCACUUUUAAUUAGUCUUGCAAAACCCUAGACAUUGGACAUUCUGAUUUAGUUUGUUUCAGGUUGUCCUGUGAGAUCAUGUCAUUAGAGUUGAAGUCAUUUCACAUAAUACAACAAGAAAACUGCCAAUUUUAGAUGUCUGGGAGAACUUUCUGGUCUAAAGGAUGCUCAGCUUGUCCUCUCUUGCUUCUUGGAAACCAUACUCAAGAGAUCUACAGCAGCAUUUGUUCUUGAUGCUUCAAGGAUGCAAGAGCAUGAAGCAACUUACUCAGUUGCAUGCAAAAUUGGUGGUUAAUGGCUUCUCCUGCAAGAAUGUCCUCAUCACCAAGCUUCUCUCCUGCUGCAUUGUGUCAGGGAAUAUAACAUAUGCAUCUCUAGCUUUUGACCAGGUUGAGGAACCAAACACCACCCUCUGCAACCAAAUGAUCAGGGCAAUUUUUCAUGGAGAUAUGCCAGAGAGCUCCUUUAGCAUCUACAAUUGGAUGAGAAGAAGAGGGAGGACAGAUACGCUGCAGCCCAAUGGUUUCACAUAUACCUUCCUCCUCGCUGCCUGUGCUAAGGCCGGGCCAAAUUUCUUGCCACAAGGGGAGCAAUUGCACUGUAGAAUCAUUUCUGGUGGCUUUGAUUCCAGUGUGUACAUUCAGACUAAUUUAAUAAAUAUGUAUGCUGCCUCUGCCACCAUGAGAGGUGAGUCUAUCGCUAAAGCUCAUAAGGUAUUCGAAGAGAUGCCCCAGAGAAACAUUGUGUCAUGGAACACCAUGUUGGCUGGAUAUAUGCAAUCUGGGGAUGUGCCGACGGCAUUUAGGUUCUUCGAUGACAUGCCUGCUAAGGACAAAGUGUCGUGGACCACCAUGAUUGCAGGUUGUGCGCAGGCCGGUAAGAGUGGUCAGGCACUCACUCUAUUUAGUCAGAUGAGGAUAUCUCAAGUAAAACCUGAUCAAGUUACAAUGAUCGCUGUCCUGUCAGCAUGUGCAUAUUUGGGAGACUUGGAAUUGGGACGUUGGAUCCAUGCACUCGUCUGCAAUUUCUGGCAUGGAAGAGAAUGUCUGGUGAAUCUGAAUAAUGCACUCAUCCACAUGUAUGUUAAAUGUGGAGCUAUUGAUGAUGCAUUUCAGGUCUUCACCGAGAUGCCUCGUAAAAGCACUGUCACGUGGACGACCAUGAUCGCAGGCCUUGCAACCCAUGGUUAUGGUGAUCAGGCACUAGAUCUAUUCCAAAGAAUGCAGUGGAAGGGAUCAGAAAAUGAGAAGCCAGAUUGGUUGACCUUUAUUGCGGUUCUAUGUGCCUGCAGUUACACGGGUAGGAUUGACAAGGGGCUUUGCUACUUUGAGCAGAUGAUUUCAAUGUAUGGAAUCAGACCAAAAAUACAACACUAUGGAUGCAUUGUUGACAUGCUCAGCCGUGCAGGUCACUUGAACAAAGCCCAAGAGCUGAUUAAAAUGAUGCCAGUGGAGCCUAAUUCUGCUAUCUGGGGAGCCUUGCUUGGUGGCUGUUGGAUACAUAAGGAUGAUAAACUUGCAGGCCAGGUGAUCCACAGAAUUAUGGAACUAGAACCAGACCAGGUGGCUGGCCACCUUGUCUCUGUAUCCAAUUUGUAUGUUGCAUCUAUGAAGCGAGGUGAUAGUCAAAUGUUCAGGGAUAUGAUGUUGGAAUUGGGCAUUAGAAAGCCUGCUGCUUGCAGCUUAAUAUAUGCAAAUGGGUCUAAUUCAUGACUUCUUGGCUGAUAACUGGAGCUUCCAUCUUUGUUCAGCACAUCAAGUAUUUCAUCGGAUGCCGCCAAUACCGGUGAUCGGGCAAGAGGCAGCUCAUGACUUUCUAAUGCACAAUGUCUGGUCCAUUUCUGGUGCUAGCGCACAAAAUUGGUAAUCUAAAUGAAGAGAUUGUCAAACUACAUAGAGCCAUGAGGAGUUUUUGUUCCAAAGGUUUGCUUACCUUGUUUCUAGACUCCUAUCUGUUUACUCUUGGCAUUGUCUACUCUUUCCUUGUAUUAUUUGCUGUUUAAUUGUCUUGCCUGUGGCCCUGUGCAAGGGACAUUUUCUCUGGCUUGUUGUUCUGGUCAGUUAGGAUGGCUGGUGAUAUUUGUUGGGAUUAGCUACUGCUAACAAAGUGUGUCCAAUCCUUGAACUGAAAGUAAUAUAUUUAUCCAUUUAUUUUGAAAUGUACAUCUAAAAACAAAAAAAAACUCAAUUCACCAUUUGUAUGCUAAAGAAACAGGGUUUUUAGAUCAAAAUUCUGAAGCAAGCAUUUUGACAAAGGAUAGGUUGUCUGUACUAGAGAGGAUGGUGCUCUCAUCUUGUCUCAUUUUUUGUUCCGUUGAAGAUUUGGUCCAUUCUAAUUCCAACGACACAAUUUUAUUGGACACCUGUAUUUGGUUGUCUGGAUUACAGAGGUCGGAAGAUUGAUGCACCUUUGUGCAAGAUGCUAUUUGGUUGUCUUGAUGUUUAGAGUUGUAAUUUUUUUCUUGGUAGUCAGGUCAUUGAGGAACAUGUAUCAAUUGCAAUUCUUGCUAGGUAGUUGCCUUUAUAAUCUUUGUGGAUUAUUUUUAUUGUUAUUGUUACUUUUAUGUUUAUUUGGGGGUGUUGUUGUGUUUUCUCCAUUAACUUGAUGAGCCACUAUCGAACAGCAAUGAUGUCUACAGAAACAUACAAUUGGAUCUUUGGAGUGUUUUAAGGUGGCCAGUUGUGAUCGAUGUAGGCUGUCUAUUAUUUCAGUAAGCAUUUGUAUUUCAUCUAGAACUUAGCUGGCUUCUGUUUCUACCAUGACUUGGUACUUUUUCCUUUGAAGUGUUCUGUAUAUGAUAUAGUGAAUGUAAUGACUUUUUGUUGCUUAGUCUGAUCAUUGAAGAUUUAUUUUCAUUCCCAA